GAUGCGGCGGAAGACCCCUGAGACACAAGAGGACUCUCCAGGGGCGCAGGGAAGAAGAGAGAUGCGACCGUGAGAAGGAAGGCGGCCUGGUGGGGGCAGGAGACCCUCUGGGGAGGUUACAGGGAGAGCCGAGGCCAUGGCGGUCAGAGAGAGAAGAGCAACGAGAUGUUUUUAAAGGUCGGCACCGAGAUGCCCUUUUCAGAGGACGCCAUGAAGAAGAACCCUGCGGGGAGGGACCCUGUUGAAGAUGCCCCGAGGCCUCGGGACGGUGGAGCUCCGCGACUUAAGCCCGCCAAAUCCGCACGCCCUCUGUCCACUGAGGCCGCCCGCGGGAGCCGGUCCCCGGCGCCCGUUGCUGGGGCCCGCGGGGUUGGCCCGGGCCCGUGGGGCCCGCCGCUGAUUGGCUGCGCCGCCGGGGCGGAAGUGAUGCUGCUGUCACUGGCUGCUCUGCUCCCGGGAAGCCGCGAGUUUCCGCAGGGAGGCGGCGGCAGCUGCGGCCGGGCGGGUCUGUAGCCUGCGCUGAGUCAACACUACUCACAGUGAAAGUGAUGCCUUUUCUCCCUUUGCACAAGAUGAGUGUGACGUGGUUAGCCAGACCAGGAGCUCAACCUAACGUAGAGUCCAGCCUACUGCUCUGAUGCCGAAGGGGAGGCAGAGAGUGCCACACUUGGAUGCCCCCCUGGGCCUGCCCACCUGCUUCUGGCUGGAAUUAGCCGGGCUCUUCUUACUGGUUCCCUGGGUCAUGUGCCUGGCAGGGACAGGUGGGCCUGAGGCCCAGGGUCCAGGGGGGCUAAGCUGGGCUGUGCAUCUGGACAGCCUGGAAGGUGAGGGGGCAGAAGAGACUCUGGAGCAGCAGGCAGAUGCCUUGGCCCACGCAGCAGGGCUGGUGAAUGCUGGACGCAUCGGAGAGCUCCGGGGGCACUACCUCUUGGUCCAGCCAGCUGGGCGUGGGCAGGCCCUGGAGGUGGAGGCCAUCCGGCAGCAGGCGGAAGCUGUGCUGGCCCGGCAUGAAACUGUGCGCUGGCACUCAGAGCAGAGGCUGCUAAAGCGGGCCAAGCGCAGCGUCCACUUCAAUGACCCCAAGUACCCGCAGCAGUGGCACCUGUAUAACCGGCGGAGCCCUGGCAGGGACAUCAACGUGACGGGUGUGUGGGAGCGCAAUGUGACUGGGCGAGGGGUGACGGUGGUGGUGGUGGAUGACGGAGUGGAACACACCAUCCAGGAUAUCGCCCCCAACUAUAGCCCUGAGGGUAGCUAUGACCUCAACUCUAAUGACCCUGACCCCAUGCCCCACCCGGACGUUGAGAAUGGCAACCACCAUGGCACCCGAUGUGCGGGAGAGAUUGCUGCUGUGCCCAACAACAGCUUCUGUGCCGUGGGCGUGGCCUAUGGGAGCCGCAUAGCAGGUAUCCGGGUGCUGGAUGGACCUCUCACAGACAGCAUGGAGGCUGUGGCGUUCAACAAGCACUACCAGAUCAAUGACAUCUACAGCUGCAGCUGGGGACCAGAUGAUGAUGGAAAGACAGUGGAUGGCCCACAUCAGCUUGGCAAGGCUGCCUUGCAACAUGGGGUGAUUGCUGGUCGCCAGGGCUUUGGGAGCAUCUUUGUGGUAGCCAGUGGUAAUGGGGGCCAGCACAAUGACAACUGCAACUACGAUGGCUACGCCAACUCCAUCUACACAGUCACCAUAGGUGCUGUGGAUGAGGAGGGUCGCAUGCCGUUCUAUGCAGAGGAGUGUGCCUCUAUGCUGGCGGUCACCUUCAGUGGUGGGGACAAGAUGCUCCGGAGCAUCGUGACCACUGACUGGGAUCUUCAGAAGGGCACUGGCUGCACUGAGGGCCACACAGGGACUUCAGCCGCAGCACCUCUGGCAGCCGGCAUGAUAGCCUUAAUGCUCCAGGUGCGGCCCUGCCUCACAUGGCGCGACGUCCAGCACAUCAUUGUCUUCACAGCCACCCAGUAUGAAGAUCGCCAUGCAGAUUGGGUCACCAACGAGGCAGGCUUCAGCCAUAGCCACCAGCAUGGUUUCGGCCUGCUCAAUGCUUGGAGGCUCGUUAAUGCAGCCAAGAUCUGGACAUCUGUCCCUUACUUAGCAUCGUACGUCGGUCCCGUGUUAAAAGAGAACAAGGCUAUUCCGCAGUCCCCCCGCUCGCUGGAGGUCCUGUGGAAUGUCAGCAGGAUGGACCUGGAGAUGUCGGGGCUGAAGACCCUGGAGCAUGUGGCAGUGACAGUCUCCAUCACUCACCCACGGCGCGGCAGCUUGGAACUGAAACUGGUUUGCCCCAGUGGCAUGAUGUCCCUUAUCGGCGCCCCUCGCAGCAUGGACUCGGAUCCCAACGGCUUCAACGACUGGACCUUCUCCACUGUGCGAUGCUGGGGGGAGAGGGCAAAAGGCGUCUACAGGCUGGUUGUCAGGGAUGUAGGAGAUGAGUCACUCCAGGUGGGCAUCCUCCGGCAGUGGCAGCUGACCCUGUAUGGCUCUGUGUGGAGUCCCGUAGACAUCAGGGACAGACAAAGGCUGAUAGAAAGCGCCAUGAGUGGAAAAUACCUGCACGAUAGCUUUGCUCUGCCCUGCCCACCUGGGCUGAAAAUUCCUGAGGAAGAUGGUUACACCAUCACCCCCAACACCCUCAAGACGCUGGUGCUGAUAGGCUUUUUUACUGUCUUCUGGACCAUCUACUACAUGCUGGAAAUAUAUUUGAGCCAGAGGCAUGUGGCAUCCAAGCCACUUUGUAGGAGUGGACCCUGCCACUGGCCCCAACGGAGCCGAAAAGCCAGGGAGGAGGGGACAGAGCUAGAAUCAGUGCCACUUUGCAACCGCAAGGAUGUAGACGGCGUGGAAGCAGAGAGUGGGGGCCUUCCCACUACCUCUGGCCUCCUCGCCCCAGACCUGCUGGAUGAAGGGGACUGGACCCUGUCCCAGAACAACAGGAGUGCCCUGGACUGCCCUCACCAGCACCGACCCAUAGACCUGUUACAGGGGAAGGAGGAGCAGAUCUGCUGACCUCAGGGUCUCACAGACUUGGUGUGGGACAGGCUCUUGCCUCCCCAAAGUGGGAAAGUUUACAAAGCUGCUCCCAGCUUUCCGGCGCUCUGGCGGGAAAGCAGUCCUGCUGCUUACAUCUGGAAUGUGAGGCCUAAACAGCAUCCUCUAACUGCUCAAGGAGGUGAGGGCCUUCUUAAGGUACAAGUGGCAGAGGAUUGUUGCCAGAGAACGGUCUGGUGAGAGCCAGUAUCUUCUCCGACUGAACAAGAGGUUUUGGUGAGAAGGUCUUGGACAAGACAUUGGUGCGCCCUUUGUGGGGCUCUAUCCUAAUUUCUCUUGGGCGAACCAGUUGUCUAGGUUCCCCCAUGCGUGGGGGGCUCCCAGACCAUGCAUGGGUUGAGAAGGUGCUGCCAUGGCCAGGAGAGCAUCGCAACAGAAAUAUCACUGGGGUCCCUUGGGAAGAGGAUUUAGGGCUGGAGGCUGGGAAGCGUCCCUAGACAUGCCUGUCCUGAAAGCAGCUGCUUCCAUUAUCCGUUCCCUAGACCCCCGUCAGAAGCCAACCUUGAAAGCACCCCGCUCCUUCACCAUCACCCUCCCCUUUGUCCUUCUGAAGGGCACAGUGGGGAUGGGCGUGGCUCCCCAGGGCCCGCCCUGCUUCAGGAGGGACUCCUGCGGCAGGACUGCAGAGCAGGCGUCAGACACUGUGUUUCAGGGGACAGCCGUGGGGCCACUGCCACUGACUCCAGUUCUGCAACCACCCUGUCUGCUUCUGCAAAGUGCUCAGGGAAAUGGCCUUUCUCCCGGAGGUCAGCUGUCUGCCUCGCAGGCCGUGACACUUCCUCCCUUUCGUGGCCUCCCAUGCUAGUCAGCUGAUCUGAAUUUUUUUUUUAAUGCUUAAGAUUUGGUUUUCUCUUUUCAUAGCAACAUUUUGUUGAAUUUUUUUCUGCACAGCUUUUCCAAAAUAAAAACCUUCCAAACAAUUCUGCCGCCCCCAUCUCUCCUUCCCUCUGCCUCCCCAAAGCUAACGCAGGUUGCCGCGUGGCUUCUCUUUCCCUUCAGUCCCUGAGCCUCACUCUCCUUUUCCACGGCCUGGUUCCUCGGAAAGAAUCAGACCCUCCUGGAGUCUCGGAGCGUGAAGAGUCCUUCAGAGGACGGCGGCCAGGAACACACAUAAACCCAAGAUACCCGCCUGUUCCCU